AUCUAGAGAAACUCGUCGGUUGGAUUGGAUAUAUUUGGGUGGUUUAGACUCUAGUCUGUGCUCCCAUGACGACAGAGCAUAUGAAAAGAGGAAAAUAAAAUGCAAAAAACAGAGAAUGGAAAGUUUCCCUGUUUCCAUACGGAUUGGCUUUGGCCCCUGGUUUUGUCAUUUCCUUCGACACAGUUCUUCCCCCCAUUACCAUGUUCUCCAUCGCCUGCCGUUUCUUCCUUUAUAUUCCUCUUCCACCGCCAUUUCCAACUUGGAGAUAUCCAUUUUUCCUAUAAUCAUAUUCCCACCACCUCCCCUUUUCUCGAUUCCAGAGUCACACAAGCCUUUCCCACUCCAAAGUUGCGGUUUUUUUUAAGCAUUUUCCGCUCUCCUGGGUUUCUGGUUCUCAAUCUGAGAUUUGGGUUUGUUGGGGAGAAGGAGAAAGUUCCCGUCUUUAUUAAUUUUGGCUGGGAACUGCAAUGACGAUUGAAGCUGUGGCAGAGGCGAGAGGCGAUCCAAUGGCUAGGCAAGUGAAGAGGUCUGGAUAUGCGGGGCGGAGCGUUGUAGAGAGAAAGAGAGGUUAUAAGAAGAAGGUUAAGAGGUCAUCAUCACCACCUCAACCCUCUUCAGCUUCAAUGGCGCUCCAGGAUCUCUUCCAGUCUUGUAAAGAUGUGUUCAAAGGUCCUGGCACCAUUCCUCUGCCUCCUGAUGUCGAUAGACUGUGCCACAUACUUGACAAUAUGCAGCCAGAGGAUGUUGGCCUAAGCAGCAAGUUGCAGUACUUUAACCCUAAUAAUAAUAAUGCUCUAGUAGUCCAAGGCACUGUUAAUCAUCCUAGAGUCAGCUACACCACAAUUUACCAAUCCACCAACUUCUCUUUGUACAUUUUCUUUCUCCCUGCUGGUGGUGUGAUCCCUCUCCACAACCAUCCUGGAAUGACGGUAUUCAGCAAACUCUUGCUAGGAGAGGUCCACAUCAAAUCCUACGACUUAGUUGACUGCCAGCAGGCUUCGAGUUCUAAACUGAGGCUGGCCAGGUUGGUAGCCGAUAAGGUCUACGAAGCUCCAUGCGACACAUCGGUACUGUAUCCAACAACAGGAGGCAACAUUCACCAGUUCAAAGCAGUUACUCCGUGCGCAAUCCUUGACGUGCUGGGUCCUCCUUAUUCGAGGGAAGAUGGGCGCGACUGCUCAUACUACCGGGAUUUUCCUUACCAAGACUUCUCGAGGAAUUGUGAAGGGGAAGAGGGAACACUGAUGACAGAAGAGGAAGGGCGAGAGUAUGGAUGGUUGGAAGAGGUUGAAAUGCCUGAGGAAUCACAAAUGGACGGGAUUGAGUAUCUAGGUCCACAGGUUGUUGAGAAUGGAACCUGCUUCUGCUGAUUGAAUUGCCUGAAAUGGAGAUAAAGGUCCUCUUCUUUUUUUUUUGGUCAUGUUGGGGGGUCCUCGUUUUUCUGUUUCUCCUGCAUGGUCCUUUCGCAAGCUAGUUAGACUUUGUUGAUAGAGAGAUGGAGGGAGAGGAACAAAACAGAGUUACUCUACCUUUUUUCUGGUUUUGGUGUGUACAGUUUUCAGGGCUGGUCCUAGAGAAAGUGCGAUACUUUCUCUUGUCUGCGUGACAUGAGUCAUUCAUGUCCUGUAGUGUAAAUCUGAUCACGACUUGAGGUAUCAGUUUGUAACCUUAUUUCCCAAAGAGUUUGAGUAUGGUAUCUGCAAGAGAAGCCUUAAUUAUUUCGCUGUGCCUAGUCUGUAUGUGCGUGGAGAGGGGAGACAUUAAGAUUAGUUUGAUAGCAUGGCAACAGCUACUUAACUGUUAAGCGACUCUCGGCAUAGUUGGAACUUCCAUUUCAUCGAACAUAGCAGAGUAAGUAAUAGUCUGUUUUGGCUCUGAUAGCAGCUCGAUUUAUUUAAAUCGGAGAGGUUCAAUAAUAGGUUUUAUCCCAUAUACUAACACACCGCUCAAACGAAGCUAUUCAUAUAGGCUUGAAGUUUUCACAGGCAUCAAACACCUUGAGCUUAACAAAUGAGGGUCACCGGGAUUCAUACAAAAGACAUCAUUCACAAAAGGAUAUGAUACCAUGUUAAGAACCAGUUGAUCAACUCGAGUUGUUGGGAGAGACCCAUAUAUGAAUCUUAACCACUUUUUUACAGUACCAUUACUCAACUUUGGUUUGUUAUCUAGUGAAACAAAUAUUUGGUUUAACAACUAAUCUACUCUAAGGGUUAAACUAAUCACAAGUUAAGGACUCACUCAGGUUUUGAUUCCCCCUAGUCACUAGCUAUAUUGAGAUUGAUAAACUUCUAACUUUUUCACUCGAUGUCUAUAUUGCGGAGAAUCCAUGACCAAGUCUUGAAUCUCGAUUAAAGUAAUCAAUGCCCUCUUGAGUUGGUAGCCCAAAGAGACGUAUCCUCACUAGCACAACCGAAUGAAUGUCUGCAUCAGAAAUCUAUCUUUAUACACCUAUAAAAUUCACCACUUAUAAUAAAUUACCACCGCUCUGAUAAUGUGUAAAGUUAACUUGAAGACUAAAGAAGUAGGAGAUGACAAUGUUAAAAUUCGAGUACUGAUUACUCAAGUCAUAUCUGUCAUGAACCAGUUGCUCCCAAUAACUCGAGUUGUUGGGAGAGGUUCAAUCGUGGAUCAUAUACCACAACACUAACACGACCCCUCAAACGAAAGCCACUCACAAGGGCUUGAAGUUUGCACAGGUCUGAAGACAAGAAUACCAUGUGCUUAACAAAUGGGGGUCACCGGAAAUCGAACACAAGACCUCUCGGUCACAGAAGGCUCUGAUACCAUGUCAAGAACCAGUUGAUCCCAAUAACUCGAAUUGUUGAGA